AUGAAAGGCCUUAAAAUCGAAGUGCUACUCCGCUCAGCCUCGAAAGCUUCACGCAAUGACCCGAGGCAAACACCGCCUCCUGAAUACUAUCUUCGCCGUAUGAACGAGGAUAUAUCGACCGACUCUAGUUCGGACAGUAUGUCUUCUGCGAGCAAUUUUUCCGAGGAUGAUCCUUUUCCCGAAUUUGAGUGGCUGGAGCAGAUUGAUGGGGUUUUCAUCAAUCAAGAUGACGAAAACCCGGAAGGGAUGCAGGUUGGUUAUUGUGAUGGCAAACUGAUUAGACGUGAAGACAUCCGUGAAAAAUUCUGGUUUGCUAUGGAGCAGCCAACUGAAGGGACACGUGCUGCUGCAUUUGAUCUUUUCGACAGAUACGGCCGUCUGAAGCCUGACUUCAAGGACCAUCCAGUUAAGAAAGGUUCUGGUAUCUGGGGCAGUGAGCUUGACGAUGGAGACAUAUUUCUCAUUGGGUCUUUGGAGAUUGAUGAGGCAUAUAGUCGCCUUGGGCAGCGACCCACACUUGUGGAAGCCAUGCUAGACAAGGUUAGGGGGAAAACCUCGAGUUUUGUUGCUAUUGUGCGCCCUGAAGACAAUUUGCCGCUAUGCAAGUCUAGUGGGUCAUCAAAAUCGACUCAGAGGAGUAUAUCGAAACUCUUCUGGCGAUCUUUGGGGUUCCGACGGAUCGGCUCAUCCUCAUGGUUUGGGCUUGCAUCGGACCCAGAACACCCAUGUCAUAGUUUAGCAAUUGAGAGCGACUACGAGGUUCCUAAAAUGGACUCGAUAACUCUUGAUGCUGAUAUAGAACAGAAGAUGAAAGCGAUACUGGAAAGCGGCAGUGAUGAAGACUUUGUGAAUUUUCUUAGCCACGUCUGGGGUGAUACUCUGGAGCAGGAUCCGCAAUGGACAGAAACAGACGCAAGUGGUAACUCUGUUAUGCACCUUGCUGCAACAAACAUAAAGCCUCAUAGUGUCCAAUGGAUCCUGAGCAGAGCCGAAUCGCUUCUUCAUCGGCGCAACGCUCAAGGCGAGACUCCAUUGGAAGCUUUGCUCGUAUGUCUCGAAAAUAUCAGGACAAUUCGUCACUCCAAUGCGCUCACUGAGGAUAUCUCAGACCACUUUACAGGAUUUGACGACACUGCAGUGAACUGUCUUAUUUUGCUUAAAGGCUGUACGGGGACUGAAGUGGUCAAUGCCACUCGGCAACGUCUAAAGUACGGAUGCACAUGUGGACAGUGCAUGUCAGGGUUCAUGAGUCCGCGAAUGCGUCUUGCCUUGGAGUGCCAAGCAGAUAUCUGGUCGGAUUUCCUCCGUGAAGAAAUCGAGGAUGGGGAGUAUUGGGUUGCAGAUAAUGAAUCUUUUCUUGACUGGCUUCCACAUCGCGUGAAGGAAAAUCUGAAGACUAACAGUUCUAUGAGAACUGGAGUCAUGAACCUCUGCAACCACAUUGCUACGUGUCUAAGGGAACUUGAAAUCCCCAACGGACCUAAUGUGGAGAAGGUACUGCGCGAUGCGAGCGAGUGGCCUCCUGCGUCGAUGAAUUUCUUGCAACGAGGUGGAAGCAUCAGUGCAGUUGCAAGUAUGCUGUUCCAGAGAGCCAUGGAAAGUGACGAGUUGACUGGGGAUUCUUUGCUUGGGGAGGAAGAAACACGGCAUCUUGUGAAAUGUAGGAAUGAUCAUGAAUUCGGUUUUGCAGGAACAUCCCGAAUUGCACCAAACGCAGCGCCAGGCAGCAACGAUAAGCAUUUCGACAUUAUUCAUGCCCACUGCAGAGUCUCACUCGAGAAUGCUGAGACCAACCGACAGCUGACGAGACGCUUCAAUCAGACGCGUCGCCAGGCCACUGCCAAUGUCCAGCGCCUCACCAAGGAAAAUACCGAGCUGGCUAUGCAAAUCCGACAGGGUCAAUCAGACAUAGAAACCAAGUCUAAAGAGAUACAGCGGUUGAAUGAGGAGGUGAUUAGGCUGGAAAAACUCCUUGAUGCGGCCACUUCGGAUGCCCGGAACGUGGUGUCCCGAACCGAGCUACACCACACAUUUCUGGAUAUCCAUGCUGCCGCCAAGUCAUUCAUGGACUAUCUCAGGACAAAAAUGAACGAAAACGAAAACGCGCAGAACUUAAAUGAACUGCCAGGGCUCGAAAUGACAGAUCAUCCCUGGAUAAACACCGCUGAGUUUGAAGACAUGCUUAAUGACCCCUCUCUCGAGGAAAUGCCAAGUAACACAUUCCCCGCAGAAGCUCUUUCAGAUCUCAAGUGA